GCGGUCCUCCACAUGCGUAAGAAACCACUGACGGAUCUGAAGCAACAGCUCACUUUACUUCUAGAGGCCGCACAGCAGGAUGAUGAUGCAUGGGUGGUUUGUGUGGUAUCGCUGAUGAAGAUCUACGUCAGCGAUAGGUGCCUGAGCUACGACUUCGAGGAGGAUGACAAUGGCCUGUUCGUUGCCUACAAGGAUAUAGUAGAACAAUUGAGUAAAAGCAGCACUGCACUCUUGCCCUUGGAGCAGCAAUAUCUGGACAUCUCCGACGAGGCGCAGCCUAUGAAACCAGCGAAAAACCCCCACUUCACUGUUCGUGGGCCGACUAAGGCCGACAAGCUCCGAGACUUUCUGAAUGCCGCAGUGGAGAAGGCGAGCCAGAGAUCACUACAGAGGCGCAAACCCAGCAUGACGGCCAAUCCCAAUCGCGAGCGCAAAAUCGGCGGUGGUGUGGGCCUCCCACGGAACUCUAUGUUCAGUCAGUUGAACAAUUCAUCGCACAGCCGACCCAAUUCGAGUGGAUCCAAUGCCCUCGCAAGACGCUCGAGCGCGGCAACGCUACACAACACGGGGAAGAAGUAUGUGGUGAAUAAGAAGAGUGCUGUCAUGCUGGACAACAGUGAGAGUUUAAAUCUGGUGGCCACGUCGGUGAAGCGGAAGAAGACGGAGCAAGAACUGGUAGCGGAAGAGCAAGAACGCGUUAGAAAACGGCUUGCGAAACAACGGUUGCUGGAGGAAGAAAAGGAGCGAAAGGUGAAGGUAAAGGAACAGAAACGCCUCGAGCGACAGAAAUCGAUUGAGCGCAAGGCCGAGGAGGCAUCGGCGCUGGCGAAGAUUGAAGUCGAGAACAAGAAGAGAGAAAAGGCCGAGACAGAGAGAGCAGCCAAAGAGAAGCUCAGGGGAAAAGAGCGCGAAAGGGCCGCCGAGACUGAGGCGGCGGCUGUGGCGAAGGAGAAAAAGGAGAACCAGAAGAAGAAGCUCAAGAACACUGUGGAGGGCGAUGCGGAUGCGGGCAGUGGACGCAAUAAGAAGGAUACGGGCGAGAAGGGGGUCAAAGACGGCAGGAAGAGCCGCAAGAUGUCGACUAGUCGAGUCCACCCGGCCGAGGGGACUGCGGGUGACAGUGCGUCGAAGAAGGCGACACCCAAGAAACCCAAAAAGGACAAGGAAAGGAGGGCCAGUGGUGGACACGAAGUUGUUCCUACCAAUACCGCUACUAAGGCCGUGGUAGCGCAAGACGGUAGAGGAGGUACCAAACAACAGCAGGCGCAGGUGGCACCGCCAUCUCAGCAGUCUCUUGAAGGCACGCCUGGUGCUGUCGCUGAUGCGGAUAUGGGCAGUAUGGAUCUGGGUAUCGACGGAGUGGACCUCGGCGUGGAGGUAGAUGUGAAUGGCCCCAUGGGACACGGGGGGAUGCAGAGUACCGAACUGGCUCGCACUGCUUCGGGGUACGAGACGUGGCCACCGCCUGCGCCGCCUAUGCCUGUGGUGAGUGCCAAUGGGCACGGGCCAGAUGCGCACGUGCUCGCUGCUCAGCACAGUACGGUUGCAGGUGUGGGCGGGGUGUACCCGGCGCAGUUGGCGUCACCCCAACGACAGCAACAACAACAGGUACAGCAGCAACAGCAGCAGAGACAAAAGGUAAUGCACCGACAGCAGCAGCAACAGCAACCACCGCCUCAGCGGUUAAAACCGCAACAGACACAGCCGCAACUGCAGCAAAAACAACAUACGCAGCCACCACAGCCCCAACAAUUGCAACAACAACGCACGCAGCCACCACAGCCGCAACUGCAGCAAAAGCAACAUACUCAGCCACCACAGCCCCAACAACUGCAACAACAACACUCUCAGCAGCAGCUGCAGUCAGAGAAACAACAGCAACAACACCCACAGCUUUCGCCCGGGCCGUCGCAACAGUUGGUGCCGAAUUAUCGCAACAGUGUGCAGUAUAAUGGCGAACAACCCCCACCUCCGCCGACGCAGGUCCACGAACAACAAAUGGCUAUGCUUGCCCAGGAAGCCGACUAUCAGAAAGAGGGCGCGAAGAUUGCUGGACAACUGCGCGAGGUACAGCGUCGCAUGAACAGUGGAAACCUCACACAAGCGGAGUAUGCGAAGGACACCAGCGUAUUCCAGUUCUUGUCCGGGCGAGUGCAAUUAGUCCGGUCGGAGUUGAUGAGGAUCCAAUCCUUCCUAGACGCACAGCGACAAGCUCAGUAUAGUCAGCAGCAAAAGCUGUCACAGAAGUACAGCCAACCGUCCGAUCCACAGUUUGCCCCGCCCCCACCAGCACAACAGCAUCAACAGCAGCAAGCAGUACAACCUGGACGUUUGCAUCAGACACCAACGCAUCCGCUCCAACAGCAGCCGCAUCUGCCACAGCCGCAGCAGCAACCUAUAUCACAUAUACAGCAACAACAGCAUUUACAACGUCAGCAUACACAACCACAGCACCCACAACAACUGCGGCAACAACCGACUCAGCCCCAAAUGCAGCAGCAAUUCAAUAUACACGGCGGUCAGUACGGGUACGAAGCACCACCAUCGCACCGGAUGAGCCAGCAGCAGCAACAACACUACGACCAACAACAGUAUCAACAACAGCAGCAGCAACAGCAGUUGCUACAGCAACAGCAACAACAACAGCUGCACCAACAGCAGCAACAUCAACAGCAACAGCACGAUCAAGAGAGGUCGGACAAUCAAGCAACGCUGGACGGCAUUUUGGUACAGACCAAUCGGCUGCAAAAGAAUGACCGAGAUCGGAUUUCACGCUUCGUCACUGGAGAUAUGCGCAAUCCUAACCCUGAGAUAGGGUCCAAGGUGAGUGUGGUCAUGAAUGAAGAACAGGUGGCCUACAAUGACCAUAUGUUCCUGGAACAAAUUGUAUUCGAAAUGGACUACGAGAGCGAAUCAUGGAAGCGACUGAAGCGAAAACGGAAGCUCUGAGUCGUUGCCGGGUUAUGGUAUUAUCCACUUCAAGGCUAUCUCAAUAUAGCACCCAUACCGCGCAAUCGAACUACAAAUGAAUGUAUAAAACUAUAGACAAACAAG